UAUAUAUAUAUAUAACCAUAGCAACAAAAAUACAAAACAAAACGAAAUUGUCAUAUAGUUUGCAAUUAUUAGAAAUCAUAAUAUUGUAUUUAUUCGAUUAUUUGAGACAUGGGAGAACCAAAGGCAACGACCAUUAAAGAAGCAUUAGCCAAAUGGCAGGAAAAGAACAAAACGCCACUUUCAGAAGCUUUAUAUGUGGGCUUGCAAUUUCAAUGGCCACCAAUUGAAAAAAUGGAUUCUAACCUAGCAGUUUUAAAGAAUUGCGAGAAAUUAUCAUUGAGCACAAAUUGUAUCGAAAAAAUAACUAGUCUUGACGCUUUAAAAAACUUAAAAGUAUUAUCGUUGGCACGGAACAACUUAAAAAAUUUCAAUGGAAUUGAUAAAUUGGCUGAUACUUUAGAAGAAUUAUGGAUAUCUUAUAACUAUAUUGAUAAACUGAAAGGUAUAAUGGGAAUGAAGAAACUAAAAGUAUUAUACAUGGGUAAUAAUUUAGUCGACAGUUGGAAUGAGGUGCAAAAACUAUUAAAAUUAGAAACUCUUCAAGAACUAGUACUGGCCGGUAAUCCAAUACAAGAGUCUUUCUUGGAAGAACAAGUUUGGCGUACUGAAUGCGUUAAGAAACUAACACACAUAUCAAUAUUGGAUGGAAUUCCUAUCAUAAGAGAAUAAAAAUUAUUAAUAAUAUUAUAUGAUUCAAUUUUUGUUUCACGAAAUACUAAACAAAAUAUAUUAUUUUAUCACAGAAAACCACUUAUAAUUUAGUUAAUAAACGAAUUAUAAUAACAAAAAAAAAAAUUUUUAUAAAUGUUUAAAUAAAGUAUUUUGUCAAUAGACACUUAGAGUGUUAUGGUACAGAUUUAUUAAAAUAUGUUUUUUCAGGAGCUUAUAAUUUGCGCUAUAAUCAUAAAUAUAUGUAAUUCGCACCACUGUUGGUAGUUGAAAAUAGUGUUUGUUAAACUUAUGUAGGUAUUCGAUUGUCUAGUGUGUUUUCGAUUAUUUGAGGAAUUAUAAAGUAUUUUAUUGGUUUUUGAAAUUUUUUAGAAUGAUACUUAAAUGUACGCAGUUUUACUAAUUGUUCAAUUUAUAUUAAAUUAAAAAUUUAAUUUUUAAGGGGUCUAUGGAAAUGUUCAUGUUUUAGCUAGGAACUAAUAGACUAAGGUAUAUUUUAAUAUAAAUAUAUUGUUGCAAUCACGGAGAAUUUUAAAAGAAGGAUGGCCAUUUCGGAAGUUUAAAAUGAAAAAAAGGUGGGUAAAUGGAUGUCACUCUGCUGUACGUAAGUUAGAAGUGGGUCACUGUAUAAUGGAUAGUAUUAA